AGCCGCCCAAUGACCUUCGACCUAUUGCAUGGGUUACAGCACUGAGAACGGAAGAAGUGUCGUGAUAGCAAGAAUACAUCUUGACGCGUUUUGAAGAUGGGUCGGACGGUGAUAGCCGAGGAUCUGUUACAGGAUAGAAUUCAGGAAAUUCUGAAGACUUCUGCUGGCAAAGGAAUAACAACCGGGCUUCUUGUGGGACAGGCCCAUGGACACAAGCGAGAGGACUAUGUGGUGCAUCUCAUCAGGACACCUAAGAUUGAGGACGACACCCAACAGACUGGCAAGAAAAAGAAGAAGGGGUCAGCAACAAAAUCAGAGAGUCUUGACUCACAGUGGAUCGCAGAACAUGCAAAACAGGUGGAGAGAAUGCUUCCUGGGGGGUUGAACAUCCUGGGCAUCUUUGUCGUGUUGCCCUCAGAAGAGAGCAGGACCAUCCAGUCCCAGCUGAUCCAGGUCCUGUACUCGGUUCACAAGACACUGCUGAAGACCCCCUGGCAGAAGGCUGUGAAGACAGAGGGUGAAGAGGAGGAGCAGCACAGAAUAGUUCUGCAGAUCUGUAGUGUCACCAAGAAAUUUACCACAAAGACAUUCAAUGUUGUAGAUCCUAGGGACAGUGGUACAGUUGCAGAGUGGAAGUUCCAGUCCUUUGUUAGCCAGUGGCCUCUACUGCACACUGCUGUAACUGUCAACAUCAACAUUCCUAUACUGAGGGGGGAGGCAACAAAGACUCUACACCAGCAGCUAGAUACUUCCAUUGGUCCAUUCUGUGAGUGCAUCAUGCAGGGUUUGUGUACCUUCAAUGGUGUACUGAGGAAGGAGGAUCAACCUCUACAGGCACAGGAACCACCACAGAGCAAGAAGGGACAUGGUAAAGGAAAGGGAAGACAUAAGGAGACUAAGAUGUCCCAUCAGCCCACCAGUGAUGGUCCUGAGAUGUUCUGUGUGCAGAUCCUUUCAAAUGCAACAAGUAACAAGUCAAAAGAGGCAAUGGUGACAGAAUGUGGAGGAACUGUGUUUAUUCGGGGACUCAUCCAAGCUAGGGCAUACGUGCACAGCAAGGCAACUGUGGCACAGGCAUCACAGGCAAUAAGAGAAGAUGUAGUAAGGAGCCUGACUGCUAGAUGUGAGCUACUUGCUGAGGAUGUGUUGGAAGUUAAGGACUUUACAGCAGAUCGAGAGGAGAUGGACAUCACCCCCAGGCGUGUGUUUGGGCGGCUCCAUGACACCCACAUGUCGGUGUGUGACUACAUGUUUGAGGAUGAGGGUGUGGAGGACUGUAUCGCCAGGUGUCAGGAACUACUAGAUGUCACCCUGGCAGCUGAGGAUGUAGAGACUGAUGCUGAGAGACUACCUGGUACUGAAUUAUGUUCACAAUAGCAAAAGAUCACAGUC